UUCUCUGGUUCCGUAGUUAUCCAGAGCGCCUGUACAGUGAGCAGCGUGCUGUAGGUAGUCAUGGGUUACACAAUGUUGGCAACGUUGUCUAGAGUUAAAAGCCCUCGGUGGCUUUCUCCAGACAUACUCUUAAGAUACAUACUAGCACAAGAGGUGAGAAGAACCGAGUCGAGCUGGUUCAGUCCCAGUAGUUGUCCGGUAGCAGCAGCAGCCUGGAGGAGGAGAGUCACCGCCGGAGGAGGUACCAGAGAGGUCAGCACCUCCUGUCAGCUGCACGGUAAACACCGAGCAAACCCCAAGAGGAGAGAGCUGUCUGAGAAGAAGCUGACCCGUCACUUCGUGGACCAUCGCCGUGUGAAGCUGCUGGCCGGGUCAGGCGGUAAAGGGGCCUGCAGCUUUCACAGUGAGCCGCGAAAAGAGUGGGGUGGACCAGAUGGAGGGAACGGAGGUGACGGAGGAAGCAUCAUUAUGAAGGCGGACAAGUUUGUCAAAUCGUUGGCGCAAGUAGUUCCGAUUUACAAAGGCGAGGAUGGGCAAUCAGGGAGCAGCAAGAACUGUUACGGCAGGAAUGGCAGCCUAACCUAUAUUUCUGUACCACUAGGCACCGUGGUGAAGGAAGAGGGACAGACAGUAGUGGACCUUUCUGAACAUGGCCAGGAGUAUCUGGCUGUGUUCGGAGGGGCCGGUGGGAAGGGGAAUCGAUUCUUUCUGUCCAAUGAGAACCGCGCCCCGAUGACCGCGACCCCAGGAGUGGCGGGCCAGGAGAGGGUCCUUCAGCUAGAGCUCCGCACCAUGGCCCAUGCUGGACUGGUGGGGUUUCCCAACGCUGGGAAAUCAUCUUUGUUGAGAGCCAUCUCCAAUGCCAGGCCUGCUGUGGCUGCUUACCCUUUUACAACACUCAACCCACAUGUAGGAAUUGUCAACUACAGGGAUCACGAGCAGGUUGCAGUUGCUGACAUCCCAGGCAUUAUUCGAGGAGCCCAUCUGAAUCGAGGCCUCGGCAUCUCUUUCCUGCGUCACAUAGAGCGCUGUCGUUUCCUCCUCUAUGUUCUGGACCUGUCGACUCCGGAGCCCUGGAGCCAGCUUCAGCACUUGCGUUAUGAGCUGGAGCAGUAUGAGCCGGGUCUAUCCCAGCGGCCUCAGGCCAUCAUAGCCAACAAAAUGGACCUACCCGAGGCCCGGGAGAAGCUAGAGACUCUAAAGAGCCACGUCAACCAGCGGGUCAUCCCCGUGUCGGCUCUUACAGGACAGAACACAGAGGAGCUCAUCCUCCAUCUCCGAGAGCUGUACGACGGCUACCUCCAAGGAGAAGACAAACCCACUAGGUGGUAGUAAAAACUACGUCCUCUUGAUCUAUUUAUUAUGAUAUAUAUUUAUCCUGGAAGAACACAUUUAAAUAGCUUAAUAAAUAUAUACAAACAAAACUAAAUUCAACAUUCGUGUUUGCUUAUUAAUGACUUGCAGCAUAUUGCUCAAUACACUGACAAAAUGUGAGAUUUCUUGAAAUAUAACUUAUUAAAGCUGUAUGCUACACAACAAAGGCGACAUAUUGCUUGUUAAGAGACGACAGUACACUUUUUAAAUGUUAGGGUUCACAAAUGCCUGUCUAGGGUCAGCCUGUAAAGACAAAUAAAUAAUAACAAAAUCAGUCUAGAGAAGGAUAUUUGUGUGCAUCAAGAUGAUUUUGAGUAAAACACAUAAAUAACUAUGUGGAGUUGGCUGAGGAAACACCACAUCAUUGACACUAUUUGGUAAUUUUCUCAGUGAAUACAAAAACACUGGCGUCGCACACUGACAAAACAGAUGAAUAAAAGAUAUGCAAUAAGCAUAAACACGUUUUCAA